AUGAGACUCUCCAAACCCCUCACUUUUUUGCUUUGGCACCUGGCUUGGCUGGACCUGGAAUUUCUCUGCACGGUUGUGGGGGCCCCUGACUUGGGCCAGAGACCCCAGGGGACCAGGCCAGGAUUGGCCAAAGCAGAAGCCAAAGAGAGGCCCCCUCUGGCCCGGAAUCUAUUCAGGCCGGGGGGUCACGGCUAUGGCGGGGGAGCCACCAAUGCCAGGGCCAAGGGGGGCACUGGGCAGGCAGGCGGCCUGACACAGCCCAAGAAGGAUGAACCCAAAAAGCCGGCCCCCAGAUCGGGUGGCCCCGAACCCAAGCCAGGACACCCUUCCCAGGCCAGGCAGGCUGCGACGCGGACUGUGACCCCCAAAGGACAGCUUCCUAGGGGUAAGGUACCCCCAAAGGCAGGAGCUGCCCCCAGCCCCUUCCUGCUGAAGAAGGCCAGGGAGCCCGGGGCCCCUCGAGAGCCCAAGGAGCCGUUCCGCCCGCCCCCCAUCACGCCCCACGAGUACAUGCUCUCGCUGUACAGGACGCUGUCCGAUGCUGACAGGAAGGGAAGCAACAGCAGCGUGAAGUUGGAGGCUGGCCUGGCCAACACCAUCACCAGCUUUAUUGACAAAGGGCAAGAUGACCGAGGCCCUGUGGUCAGGAAGCAGAGGUACGUGUUUGACAUCAGUGCCCUGGAGAAGGACGGGCUGCUGGGGGCCGAGCUGCGGAUCCUGCGGAAGAAGCCCUCAGACACAGCCAAGCCGGCGGCCCCCAGUAGCGGGCGGGCUGCCCAGCUGAAGCUGUCCAGCUGCCCCAGCGGCCGGCAGCCGGCAGCCCUGCUGGAUGUGCGCUCAGUGCCAGGCCUGGACGGAUCUGGCUGGGAGGUGUUCGACAUCUGGAAGCUCUUCCGAAACUUUAAGAACUCGGCCCAGCUGUGCCUGGAGCUGGAGGCCUGGGAACGGGGCCGGGCCGUGGACCUCCGUGGCCUGGGCUUUGACCGGGCUGCCCGUCAGGUCCACGAGAAGGCCCUGUUCCUGGUGUUCGGCCGCACCAAGAAACGGGACUUGUUCUUCAACGAGAUCAAGGCCCGCUCGGGCCAGGACGACAAGACGGUGUACGAGUACCUGUUCAGCCAGCGGCGGAAACGGAGGGCGCCGCUGGCCACGCGCCAGGGCAAGCGGCCCAGCAAGAACCCCAAGGCCCGCUGCAGUCGGAAGGCGCUGCACGUCAACUUCAAGGACAUGGGCUGGGAUGACUGGAUCAUCGCCCCGCUCGAGUACGAGGCCUUCCACUGCGAGGGGCUGUGUGAGUUCCCCUUGCGCUCCCACCUGGAGCCCACGAACCACGCGGUCAUCCAGACCCUGAUGAACUCCAUGGACCCCGAGUCCACGCCGCCCACCUGCUGCGUGCCCACGCGGCUGAGCCCCAUCAGCAUCCUCUUCAUCGACUCCGCCAACAACGUGGUCUACAAGCAGUACGAGGACAUGGUGGUGGAGUCCUGUGGUUGCAGGUAG